GUCCGCUAUUGACGCCGGGGUAGGAGUGACUAAGGAAGGCCUGGAGAUCCAGUCAUCCACAGCAUCUACCUCUGGGUCCUUUGAGAAAGGAUUUGCUGGCGCUCCUCUGUCUGUGGCAAGGAGCAUGAUUAUUGGCACUUCAGCAGUCUGCUGCCCCCGGGGAGAGAGGUCUCUGCCCUUUCUGUCCAAAGGAAAUGAUGUCUGAAGCCAAGCUACAGGGAGAGAUGAAGCCAGAAGGAGGCAGCAGUGAGACCAUGACAACCCAGGAGCUGCUUCAGAGACUCCGGGAACUGGAGGCAGAGAAUUCGGCUCUGGCACAAGCCAAUGAGAACCAGCGAGAGACGUAUGAACGCUGCCUUGAUGAGGUAGCAAAUCAUGUUGUGCAGGCGCUGUUGAACCAAAAGGACCUUCGUGAAGAAUGCAUCAAGCUGAAAAAGCGAGUCUUUGACCUUGAGCGACAAAACCAGGCCCUGAGUGAUCUCUUCCACCAGAAGCUGACCUCUGUCUCUCUCUCCCAGCUCCCAGCCCAUCCUGCUUCCUUGCUCUCGGAUCCAUCGUCCGCUUCCCAGCCAGGCACAGUGGAGAAGCUCCCAGCUUCGUUGCCCUUGGGACACUGCAUCUUGCAGAGAGAGGUCAUCUCUGAGGAGCAGUGUGCUGGCACUCCAGGGCCCAACCCCCAGUCCUUGGAAGCCCUGUCCCCGUUCCUGCGCAAGAAGGCCCAGAUCCUGGAGGUGCUUCGCUCGCUGGAGGAGAUGGACCCCCUGCUCGCCUUCCCAUCCCCUUGGAGAGAGCCUGGGCAGGUGGGCUCUCCAGAAGGGGUGACUGCCGAAGCCUGGCCCUGCCUGCUGCUGGCGCAGGGGGAAGGUGUCCCUGGGCAGCCUCCUCCGAAAGGAGAGGGCAGCUCCUCUUCCUCAUCGGACGAGGCCGGCGAAGGUGACCCCCCAGAGAAAGGACACCCCGGGCAGGUGCUGCUGAGCGCUCUGGCCGAGCACAAGCUGGACUUGGGCGACAUGGAGACUUACCUGCACCAUGUCCUGAGGGAGGCAGGAGACAGCGCUCUGCUCAAUGGCGAGCCCAAUGGGCCUGGCUUAGUGGGAGCCCCAGAGGGGCAGCUGGGCAGCUACAAGCACAUCCAGGCGGUCAGUUGCCUGGAGGCCUUGGGGCCGCCCUCUGCUUGCAUGGAGCCGACUUACCUUGGGGUCUUAGCACCAAGCGAGGGCAAGGACAAGUCCCGCCCAGGUCCGCCCAUCCCCUCCCCCUCCAAGGUGCUCAAGCUGCUCAAGAUGCCACCCCCUCCCAGCCCCGCCGCCCUCCGCCUCAGCCCCCAGCUGACCCGCAGCUCCAAAAUCCCUUGUCGCAGCAACACCUACGAGGUGUACCACUCCCCGACGCCCAGCCGCAAGGCCUCCCCUGACAGCCCCUUCCCCAGCGACUCUAGCGUUGCUGGGGGACACCCUUCUCCCAAGGCUGCCCGGCACCUCGUUCCGGUGCCCCCCAAAGUCACCCCAACCUCUCCUGAUCCGUUUGGCUACCCCAAGCCCCACGAGUACGAGAAUGUCUUGGAGCUGUCCCUCAGCAGCGCCAUCAGCCCUCAUGCCCCCUCGCCCCGAGACGCCAAGCCGGAUGUCCCCGACGCACUCCCGCCCGCGUGCCGUUCGGCACCUCUCCGUGCCGUGCCGCCCGGCGACAUCUCGCUCGAGCCCUGCCCCAUUGCCGGGGGCCGGGAAAAGCCGGGCCCUGAGAGCAGGCACUCUCCGCCACUCCCUCGCCGAGCCUCCGAAGGCUCCAAGAAGGUGGCAAACGGGCCGGGCAAGCGGGCGCCCGAGGCAGCCAACAUGCCCUUCAAAGAACGGCUUACUGUGCUCGGGAGGCUGAAGGGAGCGGAGGGCAAGGAUUCGGCAGGCUUUGAGAAAGGGAGGGCCCCGGCCCGGCUCUGCGAACGCACCGAAGGCUUUGCCGAGGCUCACCCCAGGCUGGGCACCGGAAGCAGCAGCCUCAAGCACCACGAGCCUUGCCAUGGCGGCGAACCCGCCCCUCGGUGCUACUCUUCCCACUCCGUCGGCUCCCGGGGCAGUGACCCCGAACACCACGUCUCCAAGAGCCGCUUGUUGGGAAUUCCAGGCGCAAGGAACACUCCCAAGCCCCCUCCGCCAGGGAAGAACACAAAGAGUCCUCAUGGGAGCCCAACAAAGUUGCCGUCCAAAUCCCCAACCAAGGCCUCCGCCCCGGAGCCCAAGCCGUGCCAGGCAUCAGCCAAGACGCCCGCCAGCGCCGGGCGCAAGAACCCGCCUUGCCUGGACUCGGUCAAGGGCGGCAAAGCUGGGCCCCCAGCCAGCAUUGAGGAGAAGGUGAUGAAAGGUAUCGAGGAGAACGUUUUGCGCAGGCACAAAGGAGGGGCGGCGGCGGGUGAGGCGAAGCAGAAGAACUCUAGCGGCCUCGCCAGCUGGUUUGGCCUGCGCAAGAGCAAGCUCCCUGCCCUCAGCCGCAGGCCCGAGGCCCCCAAAGUCAAGGAGGGCAAGAUGGUCUCUCGUAGGCUGGAGGCUGAGAGCCUGAACAUUUCCAAACUCAUGGAGAAGGCGGAGGACCUGCGCAAAGCCCUGGAGGAAGAGAAGGCCUACAUCAAUGGGUUGGCCUUGGACAAGCCGCGGCCCCACGCCUGCGACACCGGCCACAGUCAGCUGACGCUGAUGUAUCAGGAGGUGACCGCGGAAAACUUCAUGCAGCAGCUUCUCAAUAGGGUGGAUGGCAAAGAGGCACCAUUUGAGACUCACCUGGAGCAGAAGAACGAGCUGCAGGGCCUGCAGAGAGGCCUGCAUGAUGCCAAAGAUGCCCGCCUCAUCCGGCCUCCACGCAAUGGCAUUGUUGGCCACCUCCAUGCCUGCCAGGAAGCCCCUGCCAAGCUUCGUGAUGCAACUUUGCAAGAGGAGAUCCCGUCCGAUGACAGCCUGGCUGAGUCCAUGAGCUCCCAGCACUUUGCAGUGUGCAGCUCCCUGACUCGGACCCUGGACAGCGGCAUUGGCACCUUCCCGCCGCCGGACUACUGCAUCGGGAUGCCCUGCAAGAGCGUGCCUAAACCGAGGCCCCGACUCGACCCUCCGUCAGCCGGCCCUUUCCCAGCUAGGGGUCCUCCGCCUGUCACCCGGGUGCCCCGCAAGGCCCGGACGCUGGAGAGGGAGGUGCCCAGCGCAGAGGACCUGCUGGGCUCUAGCAAGCACCAAAGCAUGCCAGCUUUCCACGGCGUCUUAGCCAGUGCCGAGCCACCCUCCAGGCACCGGGAUCACAGGGAUCGCUGCCCAGGAGACCUCUGCAAUGAACCCAGCAAGUCACGGCAUGCCCAGCAGAGCAAGAACUGGACUUUCCCCAAUGCCAAAGCAUCCGCCGGCACCGACCCCUUCCUCUGCUCCCCUCACGGCCUGGAGGGCCUUCAUGGUUCUGCAAUGGGCUCUGCUUGCAGCGUUGUCGAAAGGAGACGGGCCUCGUCGGAUGGGCCUCAGGCCUCGCCGGCCUUCAGCACCAGCAGCAGCCGCACCCCCAGCGCAUCCGACGUGGGCGAGGAGGGCAGCACGGAGGCCCGUUCCAGGGAUAUGGGCCCAGAAGGGCAGCCGGGCCUGGAGAACUCCGAGUCCCUGAGCGACUCUCUUUACGACAGCUUGUCCUCGUGCGGCAGCCAGGGUUGAGCGUGGCAGGAGGGGCGGAACGGGGCACAGGUUUCUCGACGUGGCACCGCCACGUGCUGCCGUCGCU